UUAUUGGCGAAAUUUUUUACGUACCGUAGUCUGUGUCGUCACUGAAGUCAUCGUGUGUUUGUCGUAUGUUAUUGUUGUAUCGGUCGUGCGCACAGGGCGGACAGACUCCACGCGUGUCUCGUUCAUCCAGAUUCAAUAAAAUGGACAAAAACGCGCCAAAAAUUGCCAUCCUCGGCGCUGGAGUUGUUGGUUUAACAGUUUCCAAAAUAUUACAAGAUGAACUUAGAAAUGCCGAUAUUACUGUAAUUUCGGACGAAUUUCGAGAGAAAACAGUCAGUGACAUUGCUGCAGGGAUCUUUCGACCUGGCCUAAGCUUUCGGGGCCCCACGCAAGAGAUCACGAAACGUUGGAUCGACAAGUCUUGGUACUUUUGGCAGGACAUACUCAAAACUCGGGAGGCUGAAGAAGCUGGUGUUAUAUCCGUCGGUAGCUAUAUAUUCUCCAAAGAAAACUAUCACGUUACAAGAAAUAGAUUGAUUGAGGACAUAGUUCCAAUUUACCGGGCAGUCGAUAAAGACGAGCUGAAGAUCGUAAGCGAAGGUUGGAAGUAUGGAUCCUAUUUCUCAACUGUUAAAACUGGUUGCGAUCGCUACUUACCCUGGAUCGAGAAAUCAUUUAAGGCUAAAGGCGGUAAAAUCAUCACAAGGAAGGUAGAAAGCUUUUCAUCACUACCUAAGUAUGAUUUAGUAUUCAAUUGCACAGGAAUGGGAGCGAAAUAUUUGUGCAAUGAUUACGACUUAGUUCCAAUUCGUGGGCAAGUCUUUAAGGUAAAGGCUCCAUGGUUGAAGACUGCUUUUUACGGCGAUUACGAUGCGUAUAUAAUUCCAGGACAGGAUGGUAUAGCAACCCUUGGAGGUGUGAGACAAUAUGAUAGCUAUAACACCAAAGUUUGUAAGCAUGAUGCUGCAGCUAUAAUGGAGAGAUGUGUUGAGCUAUUGCCGGCGUUGAAGAAUGUGGAGAUUGUAGGGCAAAGGGUCGGGUUGAGGCCUCAUAGAGUACCUGUGAGGGUGGAAUCAGAGUUGCUUAAUGGUUUGAAAGUAGUUCACUGCUAUGGUCAUGGGGGCUAUGGAGUUAUGUGCGCUCCCGGCACUGCAAUUGACGCCGUAGCGAUUGGGUUAGAUCAAUUGAGAUCUAGUAUCAGAAGUAAAAUUUAAUUUUAGAAACACAAUAUUAAAAAAAUAAUUAUAGAGUGGGAAUACAGUUGUAUUUCAUUUAUAUAGUUUUAACAGUAAGUUUUACAAAUUUAAUGACAUAAAUUGGUAAAACUUUCCUUUAUAUUUCUUGCCACUUUUUCCUUUAUAUUUGUUGCGAUAAAAUCUAAGAUUGGCUGUAUUAUUUAGGCGAUAACGUUUUUCUCGGAAAGUCUUCAAUCAAUUAGUUAGUUAUCAAUCCGAUAUAUGGCAUUGUUCAGUAAAUUAGUUACUUAUCCUGCCGAUCAAUAGAUGGCAGUUGCUGCAUCUGGAUACGCGGUAUUGUUCUACUUAGCAUCAAUAUUGUUCAUAGUGGUUUAAAAUAAUCUUAACUUAACGCUCAAAUGUCAACAAUGUUUUACAAAAACGUAAUGCUUCUGUUAUAAGUAGGUAAAUAGAAACCCGAAUAUACUAUUUAACAAAUCUACUCCACGGCAUUACAUGCACGGUUACCUAAUUAUUUAAACUGUCAUUCGGUUUUUAACCCGAAUUGAGAUUGGGAAUUGGGAUUCCGAAUAAUGGAUAAUGAAUCAAGGCUGUUAGUUAUGUGAACACAACUUCCCUUUUAGAAAAACUUCUACGAACAACAUUAUAGAUAUCGGCUUUUAUUAAUCUAUAGUAUACAAUCUUUUUCGUAGGUUAUCACGUUAUCAAGAUAA